GCUGUUUGCCAUUGCGUAAACAAAGCUUUGUUUCUCCGCUUUUAGUAGAAGUGACAGGUUUGCAGGGCUUUGUUUAAAGAUUUCAUCACUGGUAAAAUUUUGGUUUUCCGCGAGUGUGAAAAUGGGCAUUUUCGAUUUCAUAAAAGUACUAUCGCUGCUUUGCGCAUUUAUUGCGUAUGUGAACAGUGUUGAGCGUACUAAAGUUGUGAUAAGCACAGACGCUGGAGCAGAUGAUGCUUGGGCGUUGUAUUACCUUCUGGAAGCUAAACAGGAAGUGGAUAUACUUGCCAUCUGCUGUACGAAAGGCAAUACUAACGUUUCCAAUGUGGCCACUAACGUGCUCCGGGUGCUUGACGCAGUAAAGCGUACGGAUGUACCCGUAUACGUUGGAUCCAACGAACGCAUACUGCUUCCGGAACCGUUAGUAAAUCCCGCAGAGAUGUUCUUUGGUGCCGAUGGGUUUUCGGAUGUCGUGUUUGAUCGUGAACCAUCGCGUACUCCUUUGCAGGAGGGAAAACAUGCAUUGCACGAACUGUACACAUUAAUAGUACAGCAUCCAAAUGAAAUCAUCUUUAUAAAUCUAGGCCCUGUAACCGAUCUAGCACUGCUGCUAAAAGUAUACCCCGGUGCACGGACGCUCCUGAAGGCCAUCUACAUGAUGGGUGGAAAUCGUCACGGCAUCGGUAACACGGAGAGUGCGGCUGAAUUUAACUUCUACAACGAUCCCGAAUCGGCUAGCAUAACCUUCAACGCGUAUCAGGGGCCGAUUGUUGUUAUACCAUGGGAAACGGCCUUUCGUUCUAACCUUGUGACAAGCCUCGAAUGGCGCAUGGAUGUGCUGGGCAGCAGCAACAAGACAAUUUUUGAUAUCCUCAACCAAGUGGAAAGAGUAGCAUUGGAAAAAUUGCCGGAAAAGGAUCAGCUCUGGAUGCCUUGCGAUUUGAUGGUAUCAAUGAUAUUGGUACAUCCUCAUCUGAUCGUUGAAAGCAAACGAUAUACCGGAGACGUAGAGCUUAACGGUCGAUUAACCCGUGGGCAAUUGGUUUUGGAUCAUAUGAACGAAGGAAUCGGUAAUAUAACGAUUAUAGAUAAUUUAGAUGAAGUUAAAAUGAAACAUUAUUUACUAAACAUGCGCUAAACUAGUAAAGUUCUUCAGCGUUUGAACGGAAGGGCAACGAUUGCACUGCAAUAAAAGAAAGGUAUCUACAA